AUGGCGGCGGCCGCGGCCCUCCGGGCGCCCGCCUGGCCGGCCCGCGCGCUGCGCGGGCUGGCCGGGCGGCCGCCGGGGGCGGGGCCGCCGCCGCCGGGCCCGGACGAGGCGGAGGGGAGGACGUUCUACGACAUCCUGGAGGUGUCCCGGAAGGCGAGGCCGGAGGAGGUCAAGGAGGCCUACAGGCGGCUGGCCAAGAAGUACCACCCCGACAGGAACGCGGACGACCCGGAGGCCGAGAACCGCUUCAAGGAGGUGCAGGAGGCCCACGCCACGCUCAGCGACCAGUGGAAGAAGGCCCUGUACGACCAGGACCUGCAGUUCAGCAAGUUCGGGUCCGCGGCCGUGACGGACGUGGACAAGGAGCAGUGGACGGAGCACUGGGACAAGGAGACCGAGGAGGAGCGAGAGGCUCGCAGGGAGCGCUACAAGCGCUAUGCCGCGGGGGAGCGCAACGACCUGCCGCCAGACCCGUUCCCCCUGCGGCUGACGCCCGUGAUCUUCCUCGGCAUCGUGGCCGGCGUCUUCUACGUCUGCAUACGGGCGCCCGACUGGUUCGACCUCCAGAGCGAGGCCACGUUCUGCGACCCCGCGUACGACGACAAGACCGUGCCGCUGGUCCGCGCCUUCCACGACCCCGUGCUGAACCGCUGGGAGCGGCUGCCCGAGGGCGCGGCUCCGCCGAGCCCGGCGGAGCUGUACGCGUACUACCGGAAGCGGAGGCCGGACCUGAUGGAGGCGCUGGACCUGCGGCUGCUGCCCAAGCUCAGCCUCACCAUCCUGCAGGUGCCGCGCACCGACACGGUCAAGCCGUCCCCGCGGCCGCAGGCGGCCUGA